CUUUAGUGACUCAAUUAGCUAAUCCGCCAUUUUAUUUCCCUGUAAGCCAUUGUCUUUCUCUGCGCCUCUCUCUUUCUUUAGUGAGUAAUGGGAGGAAAAAAGAAGAAAGGUGGGGCAGCUAAGCCUUCUCCUCCUACAGAACCAAAGGGAAAACCGCAAGGGGCCACGGGAGGAGAUUUGGUUGAAGAUUUUGACGAUCUUGAAGUUGAAGACGAGUCACGUGACAUGCCUUUAGAGGAAGAGGAAAAAGAAGAAGAAGAAGUGAAAAUGAAGGAAGAUAAACCUCCAGCGACCGGUGGAGCGGAAAAGCAAUUGAGUCGAAAAGAAAUGAAGAAAAUAAAGAAAAAGGAAGAGAUGGAAAGAAGAAGACUAGCCGAGGACGAAGGAGGACAGUUCUCUUAUUCGCAGCGUUCAACUCAAAUGCAAGCAGCUCUUUUUGAAAACGCCUCCGAUAUAAAAAUUGAAAAGUUUUCUAUAUCAGCUCGUGGGAAGGAGCUUUUUGUUAACGCUGACCUCAACAUUACAGCUGGUCGUAGAUACGGACUAGUUGGACCAAACGGGAUGGGUAAGACUACACUAUUAAAGCAUAUCGCUGAUAGGAAGCUCUCAAUACCACCGAAUAUAGAUGUACUGUAUUGCGAACAAGAGGUUGAAGUUGGCGACAUGUCUGCAGUAGAGACCGUAUUAAGAUCAGACACCAAAAGACUAAAAUUAUUAGAAGAAGAGAAGAAACUUGUAGCCGAAGGAGAGAAAGGUGACGACUCAAACAGCGAGAGAUUGCAAGCAGUUUAUGAAGAGCUUGAGGCGAUUGGAGCUGCUUCUGCUGAAGCUAGAGCAAGACGAAUAUUAGCCGGUUUAGGGUUUACUGUUGAGAUGCAGGGGAGAGCAACUAUCAAGUUUUCCGGCGGAUGGAGAAUGAGAGUCUCGUUAGCAAGGGCUCUAUUCAUGGAGCCUACGUUAUUACUGUUGGAUGAACCGACCAACCACUUGGAUCUUAAUGCUGUCAUUUGGUUAGACAAUUAUUUACAGUGUUGGAAGAAGACCCUUUUAAUUGUUUCUCACGACCAAAAUUUUCUAAACGAUGUCUGUACCGAUGUUAUACACUUGGAUCAAUUAAAAUUAUAUUAUUAUCGCGGGAAUUACAACGACUUCAAGAAGAUGUACAAGCAGAAACUGAGCCAGCAGGAAAAAGCGUACGAUAAACAGCAACAAGAUUUGAAGAAUAAGAAAUCUCAAGGACAGUCAAAGAAGCAAGCGGAGGCAAGCGUAAAAACGGCCGCGUCAAAAAAGAAGAAAAAGGGUGGAGCUUCGGCGGCAGCGGAAGAUGAGGACGAAGGUCCGGCUGAACUGCUUCAAAAACCAAAAGAAUAUAAAGUAACAUUUAUAUUUCCGAAUCCUCCGCCAUUGAAUCCGCCGAUACUUGGAGCAUACGACGUCUCAUUUGGGUAUCCAGGCCAGCCGUUAUUAUUCACCAAUUUGGAAUUUGGAAUCAACAUGGAGUCUAGAGUUGCUGUUGUUGGUCCUAAUGGAGUCGGUAAAUCGACGUUCCUAAACCUGUUACUGGGACGAGUGGAACCGCUAUCGGGAGAAGUACGGAAGAAUCAUAGAUUACGUAUAGGCGUCUACAAUCAACACGCUGCUGAUCAAUUGACGUUGACUAUGUCUUCAGUCGAAUAUUUAAUGAGUCGAUUUAACGCCGAAUAUCAAUUAGCACGGAAGACAUUGGGUCGCUAUGGGUUGCCGGGAUACGCCCACACAAUUAAAAUAAGAGACUUGUCUGGAGGACAGAAAGCAAGAGUGGUGUUUGCUGAUAUAGCACUGAUGCAACCAGAUCUAAUAAUAUUGGAUGAACCGACGAACAAUCUUGACAUAGAGUCGAUAGAUGCAUUGGCAGAAGCUAUCAAUAACUACACAGGAGGAGUGAUAAUGGUCAGCCAUGAUGCUAGACUGAUACAAGAGACAGAGUGUACUCUUUGGGUCAUCGAAGAAAACAAAAUCAACGAAAUCGAUGGAGACUUUGACGACUACAAGAAAGAAGUGUUGCAGCAGCUGGGCGAGGUCGUUGAUGACUAAUUAUUAUUAUUAUUAUUAUCAAUUAGAAUAAUAAUAAUAUAAUAAUAAUUAUUAUAAUGAUAAUACAUGUAUUAUUUAUUAAUUUUGUUUUAUAAUAAUAAUUGUCCUAAUUUCUGUCUGUAUAUAGACCUGUGGUCUAUAGAAUAUAAAUUAAUUUUAUUAUUGAUUUAA